CUUUAAUCUAGAACUUCCUUAGCCGUUCCAUCGAUGCCGAGCGUCAACUAUUAAUUUGGUCUCUUCUUUCUUCCAAUUUUGAGGGAGAGAGAGUUGGAGAGGCGAGAGAGAUGGUUCGUUGGACCGCGACUCGAUCGGAGUCGGAGGAGGAGUUGGAGAGAGAGGAGAGCGGUGGGAGACGACAGGCGGAGGAGGGGGAGGGGAGAUGGGAAAGGAUGCUUCCGGAGAUUCUGGGGGAGAUCGUGAGGCGGGUGGAUGCCGGCGGGGAGCGGUGGCCGCAGAGGAAGGACAUCGUGGCCUACGCCGGCGUCUGCCGUAGGUGGAGAGAUUCCGCUUGCGGCAUCGUCCGACAACUGUGCGAGACCGGCAGCAUCACCUUCCCAUCUUCGCUCAAAGAGCCUGGACCGAGGGACUCUCCAGUACAAUGCUUGAUCAGACGGAACAAGGACAACUCCGCAUACUAUCUCUAUCUCGGCCUUACAGAAUCUUUUACAGAUAAGGGAAAGUUUCUUUUAGCAGCACGACAGUUUAAGCGUGGGGCUCACACUGAGUAUAUUAUCUCUCUGGAUGCUGAUGAUCUGUCUCAAGGAAAUAAUGCAUACAUGGGGAAAUUAAGGUCAAAUAUUUUGGGCACAAAGUUUAAAAUCUAUGAUAGUCAACCUCCAUACAAUGGUGCAAAGGUGUCAAGUAGCCGAGCAAGCAGACGGUUUGCGAGCAAGCAAAUCAGCCCUCAGGUCCCUGCUGGCAACUUUGUUAUCGGGCGUGUAUCUUACAAAUUUAACCUUCUGAAAAGAGGGCCUAGAAGGAUGCACUGCACUCUGCAAUGUCCUUCAGCAAAAGACAUGACAGGGGAGGGAGAUUCACUAAAGCCCAAGGUACACACCCCAGGGACUACCAUUCUCAAGAACAAAGCUCCCCGGUGGCACGAACACCUGCAAUGCUGGUGCUUGAACUUCCAUGGCCGGGUCACAGUGGCCUCGGUCAAGAACUUCCAGUUGGUGGCGACUGAAGACGCAAGCCAACCUUCAGGGAUCGGAGAUGAGGAGACAGUGCUGCUACAAUUCGGUAAGGUGGGGGAUGACACCUUCACUAUGGAUUACCGCCAGCCACUGUCAGCUUUCCAAGCCUUCGCCAUCUGCCUCACUAGCUUUGGAACAAAAUUUGCUUGUGAAUAAGACUAACGUUAGGUUCUUCAUCGAGGCAGAGACAAUGGACGUUACUUUCUUCGCAAAUAUGCCUUCAGACACCAAACUCUUGUUGGUUGCAGUCCGAACCGUCAGUCCAUUCGAGAAGAAACGAUACAAGUUUGGCUUGUGAUUAAAGAAAAAAAACCUUAAGCAGUUUAGAUACAAGAGUUAUUGUGUUAAGUGUGCAAUUUGUGGUGGAAUGGGCGAAACAAUUACGUGUUUAUUUUCUGAGUCAUAUUUAAUAAUGUUGUUAGCAAGCUAAUUACGUCCUGUAGAAUGGGGGACAGAUGAUGUAUGAUCAACCAUAAUACUGCCUCUAGUUACUUGUCCGUGAGUUGGGUUGUUGAUAUUCAUUCAUUAUAAUAAUAAUUUAUUUGAUAGUUA